AUUAGAAGAAAAAGAAAGGAAGAGCAAAACGAAGUUGAUCAGAGAGAAUGGAGAAGAGGCGGAAAAGGAAGCAGCAGGAGGUGGCGGAGCUCAAGGAACAACCUCCGCCUCAGCCGAAAUCGGUUCGUGUGGAAGAGAAUCUGAAGAACCCAUUCCCAUCUCACACUCGACCCACUCCACAAGAAUGCCAAACCGUACGCGACACUCUCUUAUCCCUCCACGGCAUCCCGCCGGAACUCGCCAAGUACCGCCAACUCCAACCACCCAACUCCGGCACGGAACCGGAGGAAACCGUUCUCGACGGUCUCGUCCGAACCGUGCUCUCUCAGAACACCACAGAGGCCAAUUCCCAAAAGGCUUUCGCUUCUCUCAAAUCCUCCUUCCCCGAUUGGGAACUUGUGCUUGGUGCUGAGGCUAAGGAUUUGGAGGAUGCUAUUCGCUGCGGUGGUUUAGCUCCGACGAAGGCGAAAUGUAUUAAGAAUGUGUUAAGUUGCUUACUUGAGAGGAGAGGGAAAUUGUGUUUGGAGUAUUUGAGGGAUUUGUCUGUUGAUGAAAUUAAGGCUGAGCUCUCUGUUUUCAAAGGAAUUGGUCCCAAAACAGUGGCUUGUGUGUUGAUGUUCAAUCUUCGGCAAGAUGAUUUUCCAGUGGACACUCACAUAUUUGAGAUUGCAAAAACUAUCGGUUGGGUACCAGCUGCUGCAGACAGAAAUAAAACGUAUCUUCAUCUAAACCAGAGGAUCCCAAAUGAACUUAUGUUUGACUUGAAUUGCCUUCUGUAUACGCACGGGAAGCUCUGCAGUAAAUGCUCCAGUAAGAGGGGUAACCAGAAACAACAAAAGUGUAAUGAUAAUCCAUGCCCUUUAUUGGAUUAUUAUAAAGAGUUCGAACCUUGACUUUUGCUAACAAAUUAAGGUAAUGAUGGUAUGAACUUAGGCAGGAAGAAAUUUCUUAAAUUAGUUAAGAAAUGCUAACAAAUUUUGUGCUUGUGCAUCAAACACUUGUACAGUUUGGACUUUCUGAAGAUGUUCUUUCUUUCAAGCCAGUAAAUAGGUCUCACCCGAAAAAUGUAAACUAUUUCACCAAAUCAACAUUGUGGCCUUUUUACUCGUGGCUUUUUGAACA